AUGGAAGCCAUUGAGGAGCUGCCGCUGCCCGCCGGGCUCCGCGCCCGCACCUUCCCCGCCAAGCUGUGGCGCCUGCUGAACAGCCCCCGCGUCCGCUCCCUGCGCUGGGACAGCCGCGCCCGGGGGCUGCUCAUAGACCGCUGCCUCUUCGAGCGGGAGCUGCUCAGCCCGGGCGGCGCCCAGGGGCCGGCCCCGGGCACCUUCAGGGCCACGCAGUUCCGCAGCUUCGUGCGCCAGCUCUACCGCUACGGCUUCCACAAGGUGCCGGGCUGGCUGGGCGCCGCUACGGCGGGCGAUGCCGGGGCCUGGCUGCACUACAGCAACCCCUGGUUUCGCCGCGACCGCCCCGACCUCCUGCUCCGCAUCAGGCGCCGAACCGCGGCCAACAGGCAGCGGCGGGCGGCGGGGCGGGAGGGGCGCUGCCCCCGGCCCUGCGGCUCCCGGCAGCUCCCCGGGGAGCGGCCGCCGCUGCCGCCCAGGCGCCCGCCCAGCGCCUUCCUCCCACUGCACAGGGAGCGGGGCCCGGACGGGCGGGAGCUGCGCUGCCCCCGGCCCGGCCGCUUCCAGCAGCUGCCCCGGGAGCGGCCGCCGCUCGCCCGGCGCCCGCCCUGCGGCUUCCACCUGCUGCACAGGGACCGGCCGGGGCCGGCCCGGCGGGAGGGGCCGAGCCGCUUCCAGGAGCUCUACGGGGAGCGGCCGCUGCCCGCCCAGCGGGAGGUGCUCCGGGUCCCGCCCUGCCACUUCCUCGGGCUCCACGGGGAGCGGCUGUGGCUGCUCGGGCGGGAGGGGCCCCCCGACCGCUUCCAGGAGCUCUGCGGGGAGCAGCAGCCUCUGCUGGACCGGGAGGUGCUCAGGAUCCAGCCCUGCAGCUUCCAGCAGCUCCACGGGGAGCAGCAGCCCCCAGCCUGCAGGCCACCAGCUGCUCCGGGCACUUCAGCCCCCAGUGCUCCAGCUGGCAGUGCUGGCUGUGCAGCAUCACCGGCCUCCAGCUCAGAGCAGAGUGCACCUGUGAAAGAGGAGUCACCACCACUGGAUCUGGGCCUUGAAGUGGAGAAAAUGAUCAGGGAGAUCAGGAGAUCCCUGUCUGAAAGGUCUCCAGCAUCACUGGCCUCCAGCUCAGCGCAGAGUGCACCUGCAGCAGAGGAGUCACCACCACUGGAUCUCGGCCUUCAGGUGGAGAAGAUGAUCCGGGAGAUCAGGAGCUCCCUGCCUGAGAGGUCUCUCUCUGCUCAGGGGAAUCUUAAUGUUGCCCCUGAGCCUUCAGGAGAGGAUGCUGUGAACAGGGCUGCAGCAGAGGAAGCUUCAUCUGGCACCGAGAGCUGCAGGAACAGUUCCCCAGAGCCCAAGGAGCCUGAUCUCGUGUGA